UGGGGAAAAUCCUGCCACUGCGCAUGCUCGUCAGGGUUGUUGUCCGCGGUGGUUAUGGAGAUGAUACAGAGAGGCCAGCUGUCAGUUUUACCGUGGUGUUGGUGUUAAGAUAGCAAUGAAAUACUCAAAAGGAAACUUGGUUUUAGUUUCAACUGUUUACCAACAAAAGCUAAUCCUGUGAUUAGGACAGUUGGUGUUACAGAAGAUGCAGGAUACAAGAUGGAGGCAGAUGAUCCACUGUGGCUGAAGGGAAAGAAGAAGUAGAUUAUUAACUAAUCUGCCAGUACUGACCACCAGCCACUUAAUUAGUGUUCAUCAGAGGGAUGCCCAGAAAGAUAGGAUUCAUUGUGGCCAACUCUUCAAGUCAUGAGGACAAAUUCGUUGCCAAAGAGCUCAUGGUCCAUGCACCCACAGCCAAUGGGUGGAGAUCCAGCAGGCUGUGCUCUUACCCUCAACACAUCACUCUCCAGCUGGUGGAGAGAAGUCGGGUGAGGAAGCUGCAGCUGCUGGCCCAUCAGUACCUGAUCCCAUCUAAGGUGGAGUUCCACAUUGGAGACACCAUCCCUGAAACCAGCUCUCCAGGGUUUCCAGGGCAGCUUCGCAGACUUGGGUAUGUGUCUCUGUCCGACAAUGAGAAGACGGAUUUCAAAGCUCGGGAACUGAAGUCGGUCCAUGUUGAUGCCAUCGGAACAUACCUGAGAAUAACAUUUCAUAAGAACCACAUCAAUGGUUACAAUCAUCACAAUCAGGUUGCUUUGGUUGCCAUUAAUGUUCUGGGAGAUUCUUUGGAUGGCAAUGCUUUUAACACAAUUCCAAGCAGAGAGCAGCUGAUCGAACACUACCUCAAUAGUACUCAGCUGGACACAGCCUUGGACACAACCUUCAUGGGCAAAUGUGAGUCCUUCUCCCCCUUUGAUGAUCUGGCCUUUGAAAUGUACCAGGACCCUGAAGUUGCUCACAUCAUUCGCCUCAUGGAUCAAAAGAAGCAGGAAAUGGUCCAGCAAGAGAAAUACGAGCUGGCCAAGAAUCUGAAGCAGGCCAUCGCUGACCUGCAAAAGGUCGGGGAGCGUUUGGCACGGUAUGAUGUAGAGAAGCGAUGUGCCAUAGAAAAAGAGGACUAUGAUCUGGCCAAGAAGAAGAAAGAGCUGAUGGAGAACUACAGGAGGAGUGUGUAUAAGCAGCUGGAGGUCCACAACCUGUUGGACAUGACAAUGGUCACAAGGGAAACGGAUCCAUCCCCACUGCAGGAUCCUCCCCCACUCCUGCCUUCUCCAGGUCACUGUUCAGCCCCCACCGAGCCCCCUGUGUCCACAGACUCAUUCAGAAAGGAGAAAAAAACAAACACACCUCCGAAUCAACAGUCAGCCACUGAAACUAUUGUGGCCAAACCGAACAGCCAACCUGAAAACCCCUGCACCCCUGCUGCUCUACCCAAGAUAGAUUUAACCAUUGGGCCUUAUGACGAGAGGCCACUUCCAGCCCUUCAGAGGAAAGACAAUCAGGCAGAGGCUCUUCAGAGCCCACCAAAGCAGCAUGCCCCACAACUUUACACCAUGAGAAGCCUACCCAAUACUGAGAUUAGCGGAGAGCCAGAACAACUGACAGAGAAAGCCCAGAGAGAGGCUGCACUUCCGAUAGAUGUCUAUGGAGAAAGCCUGGUGGCAGGGGUAUAUUCUAAAACCUGGUCCUACAGAGAGGAUGCUCUUCUGGCUGUGUACAAGAAGCUUUCGGAUGUAUCCCCCACCACCCCGAAGGAAGAGCUGAGAAACAUGAUGAGAUCUGCUGUCUUCUUGGUGAAGAAGGCCCUCUCGGAUAAAGUGUCAUCGGUUUUCCAGGCAGCCUUGAAGCUGCUAAGGCUAAUGCUGGGCCAGCUGAUCCCAGUUCUGGGCUUGGGUCGGUCCGAGGUGAUCCACUGCUUUGAGCAAACUUGGCCUAACUUGCUGGCCAGAACUGGAGACUCAGCCAGCCGCUUCCGAGUAACGGCCACUGCCUUCAUACAGGAAAUUGCUGUUUUGAAGGAGGUACGGGCCCUGCAACUAAUCCCUGGUGAGCUAGCGAAGCCCUUCAAAUCCAACUUCCCCUCCCGUCUGGCUCAAAGUCGGGCUGAGCUGCUCGAGAUGCUGCUCGCUGAACUGGGUGCUCUCAACUCUGGCUUCACCCUGGACAAUGUCAUGAUGUUCUGUACAGCAGCGCUGGAGCACAGUGCAGCAGAGGUCCGAGAGCCGGCGAUGCGCAUUAUCUUGUCCAUGUACAAGCAGCACGGAAGUGCUGCUCUCAGCUACCUUCCGCCCAACGACUCGGCCACACGGAAGAACUUCCUCUACAAAACCCUCUUUGAUGGCUUUGCCAAGAUUGAUGGAAAGCUGGUAGAGACUCAGACACAGACUACGAAGAAGGGAGGUGGUCAGCAGCACCAGGGCCAAAAGGAGAAGGAGAAGAUCCACUCUCUUCAGGAGCAGCUGGCUGCCCUGAAAGAGAUCACAGAGAGAGACAGUGAAUGCACCAAAGGACAAAUGCCCAAGAAGGAUGCCCCUAAAGAUGGGACACAGCCCCAUAGAGCUGCCAAAGCAACUGUCAGUCAACUUCCCCAGAACACAGUAGCUGUCCAACAGUCUGUCAGCUAUCAGGACAACUUGUGUAUAUUCUGUGGUAAAAAGGACGAGUCGUUCACAGAAGACGGACUGGACCUUCAUUACUGGAAGCACUGCCCCAUGCUGCGACACUGCGGUGAAUGUAGACAGAUCGUCGAGAUAGCCAGCCUCACAGAGCACCUACUGGGCGACUGUGAAAGCAGUUCAAAGUUCAGCGCGUGUCCACGCUGUUCGGAGGCCGUGGCCACAGAGGGUCUGGCUCGACAUGUUCAGGGUCCUUCCUGCAGUCCUUCCAACUCCAGUAAUGGCUCCAACCACUGUCCUUUGUGUCACAAUAACUUCGCUCCUGGAGAAGAGGCCUGGAAGGCUCACCUCAUGGGCAGGGACGGCUGUAAACAAAACUCACGCAGAACUGUGGUGUCCCAGAGAACUCAGCCUGCACAAGGCAGGGCUGUUGGUGCAGCUAAGCUGCAGCAGGGCUGGCCAGUUGGACUGAGAGGCAGAGGCAGAGGCAGAGGCAGUCGAAUCCCAGCGCUGGCACCUGUGAACAGAGGACAUAUGCCAGGGAAGAGGUGAUCCCUGAAGUAACUCCACCAAAGUCACUUCUCCCCCAUCCCCGUGUUCCUGCAUAUAGGCACUUUUAGCAAACAAAUAGCAUAACAUUAUAACAUAUUCACUGACAUAUGCAAUAGGAUUUAAAACGUUUUUGUUCAAAGCCAUCAAUAUGCUAUAUUAUGUUCCACAUCCCAGAAAGAGCAACACCUUAUUCUUAUCAGUGUCAUAGUGACGUAUUUAUAUGCGUGUUUACACUGUCCUUUUUUUCAAAUUAAAUUAAACGUACCAUAGCGGCUGAUGAUGGAGGAUCCACACAGAGAAGACUGUCUUUUUGUUUAAACCCCAACUUGUCAGUGUCUGCUAAACAAACUGACUUGACAUUUAACUCCCAGCAGGAUAUCUGAGUGUGUUUCCUGUGGCACGGUGUGAUCUUCAUGUUUUUGCUUUUCGCUGUCCGUCUGCCAAAUAUAUACUGUAUACAGUAUAUGUGUACAUACAUCUUUACCAGCUCUACACCGUCAGCUUUCUGUCUCAGAACUCAAGCUGAGAUUAGAUAUCCACAGAUAUUGGCUUUAGAAUGUAUUAGCACAGAUAUCGGCAAACUCACCAAGAACUGCCGAUAUGACUCAUGACAGCAAGAGUAGUAUCGGUGCUGGGCCCAAGCACUCGUGACGUAUCGACAACUUUUGCCGUGCAGUCCAGGACGUCACACUCAUCGUCACCGCGUUGCAUCUUUGUCAAGGUUGUAGGUGUAAGAGCUUCCCAUAGACAACCAGCGUCGAAUCAACCAAUGCUUGAGUAAUUUGCUAAUCAAUCACAGAGUCUUGAUGGUGAAGACAAUAAUCACUCAAGGCUGAUAAGUGCAAACACUCCUCUCCUUGUUGAAGUGGAAACGAGAGAAGAGGACGAAUGAGGCUGAGCUCUGGUUACAAGCAGAAGACUUUCUUCCCUCUGGGAAAUUCUAGCAGACACUGUUUCGUCAGACCCAAGGCUGUCAUUGACCUCCUGUCCGCCACACGUUGUCUUUUCUUUUUUCUCUCUCUUCAGUUUAUUCAAGAAUAAAGCAGCAAUUUGCCAAAGGGAUGAUGUUUUGCUGCUUAAUUAAAGCACAGAUUAGACUUCAUUUAUUCUUCCUCUGAAUGUCUGUAAAUGUUAUGGUGCAGUGAGGGACACAAAGUAAAUGUGGUUCAGUGUAAAUAUGUAAAUAUAUGUAAAUAAAAACUAGAAUGUGAAUGAA